AUGGGAUCCGGUGUUUUCACCUUAGUAUGGCCGAUAACAAAAUGUUAUCGACACUGGGACUUCCCAAGCGGUCCCCCACCUUAGUACUAACCCAGCCUUAAGGCGCUUAACUUCGGAGUUCGAAUGGGAUCCGGUGUUUUCACCUUAGUAUGGCCGAUAACAAAAUGUUAUCGACACUGGGACUUCCCAAGCGGUCCCCCACCUUAGUACUAACCCAGCCUUAAGGCGCUUAACUUCGGAGUUCGAAUGGGAUCCGGUGUUUUCACCUUAGUAUGGCCGAUAAAAAAAUGUUAUCGACACUGGGACUUCCCAAGCGGUCCCCCACCUUAGUACUAACCCAGCCUUAAGGCGCUUAACUUCGGAGUUCGAAUGGGAUCCGGUGUUUUCACCUUAGUAUGGCCGAUAACAAAAUAUACUAAAUUAAUUUGUUAUCGACACUGGGACUUCCCAAGCGGUCCCCCACCUUAGUACUAACCCAGCCUUAAGGCGCUUAACUUCGGAGUUCGAAUGGGAUCCGGUGUUUUCACCUUAGUAUGGCCGAUAACAAAAUUAAUAAAUAUGUAUGUCUAUUUAUAUUCCCCCUUUUUAAAAUAAUUUUUUAGAAUUUAAUGA